AAGGUUUGGAAGUAUAUAGACUAUAUAGCAACAUGUGGACUACUAUCAGACAAGUCCCUAGCUUGGGAAGCGGGAUCGCUGCUGUGAAACCUAUGAGUUUCACACGUGGUGUUGCCCGUCUCACAUCUAUCCAUACCGUGACGUCGACAAAGACUGUUGCCCCAAAGAUCAACCAUUCUUUAGAAAUGGCCAACACAAGAAAGCAACUCCUUGAGAGACCAGGGUUGUUGGGUGUCAAGAGAGGUAUGCUCUCUUGGUACACCAACGAUGGUAAGCAAUUGGCUGCCACUGUUGUAGAAGUUGAUCUGUGUGAAGUUCUUCAAAACAAGACUUUAGACAAGGAAGGUUUCUUUGCCGUUCAAUUAGGACAUGGUACCAAAAUGAAGAAUGUAACUGCUCAACUUUUAAAGCAUUGUGAAAGAGCUGGCGUUGCGCCAAAGCAAGAUAUCAGAGAAUUCAGAGUACGUGAUGCUUCUGGAUUGAUCCCAGAAGGUACCGAAAUUACUGCUGAUUACUUUGCAGUUGGCCAAAAGGUUGACUGUCAAUCUGUUAGUAAGGGUAAAGGUUUUGCUGGUGUAAUGAAGAGACAUGGUUUCAAAGGUUUAAGAGCAUCUCACGGUGUGUCCAAGGCUCAUAGAUCUGCUGGGUCCAUGGGUGCUACCCAGAGUCCAGGUAGAGUUUUACCAGGAAAGAAGAUGGCGGGACGUAUGGGAGGUGAUAGUCGUACCGUAUUGAAUAACGAGAUCUUGCACGCCGAUGGAGCUAAUGGAAUCUUAGUUAUCAAGGGCCAAAUUGCAGGACCAAACGGUUGUCUUGUCAAGAUCUCCGAUGCCAAGAGACUUUACGGUAAGUGUGAAGAUGGAAGUAGAUAAACUGUACAUAGAACGAACAUAAAAGUGAAUUAAAUAUAUAUCACGUUAAG